AUGGGGUGGAAGGACUCUGUGUUAGAAUCUCGGGACGGACGGUCGGAGAUGGAGUUGAAGGGCUCUGUGUUAGAAUCUCAGGACAGAUGGUCGGAGAUGGAGUUGAAGGGCUCUGUGUUAGAAUCUCGCGACGGAUGGUCGGAGAUGGGGUGGAAGGACUCUGUAUUAGAAUCUCGCGACACGUGGUCGGAGAUUAGGUGGAAGGACUCUCGCGCUCGCGACAGAUGGUCCAAUAUGGCGGGAGAGGUGGCUUUAGAGAUCGGUGACGAAGAAAAACCUACAGGUUUGAUGGAACAGUUGCGUAUUCACUAUAAAUACAAAGGCAGAAAGACGGACAAACGUCACAAGAGGGCCGCCCAGAACGCCAUCCGAUGGCUGGUAGCGUUCCAGACGCCGACUCAACUAUACAUGCUUCACCGUUAUCUCAUACCUUAUUUGUUAGAUGACUAUGACGAUUGGACUCAGUACUACUUUAAAGUUCUGGUGACAUACGGAGCCGUGCUCAUCAUUACCAACUAUUUGUUUACUAUAUUCUACGACACCAGACUUCUGAAAACCAAAGACCGCCCAGAUUUACCGGGGAUGAACGACCGCUGGAAAAAUCCGCCCGAUCAUUUUGUGUCAAUACAUACGGCCGACCAAAAUGGAUCUGCUGUUCCAACGCAGCAACGGCACGUGGAUAGUUCUGGAUUUGAGUGGAAAUAUUGUGAGAUUUGUGAAAUGAACCAGCCCCCACGCACCCAUCAUUGUUACAUAUGUGAAGCAUGUAUAUUGAAGCGGGAUCACCAUUGUUUUGUGGUAGGGACCUGUAUUGGUUUUAAGAAUCAGAGAUACUUUGUGGUGUUGACAUUUUACGCAGUAAUAUUUGGAAUCUUUGGCGGGUAUCUUCAGUUCAAAUAUCUACAACAGAUUUACUAUCCGCAAAGUUACGCGUGGACCGAUUUUAUACCAAUUGUAACUGUCUAUCGCUGGUUGUUCGGGACUGUAGAUGGACUGUCCCUACACAUCUGUAUCAUGAUCAUUCACGUAUACUUAGAAAUAAUUUACGGAAUUUUCGGUGUCAUCUAUUUCAAUUCACAAAUAACGAUAAUUCCUCAAGGAAAAACUUUACAUGAACUUGCGAAAUUUAUACCUAUUCGAAAUUUAAAUAGUUUUAAUCGCAACUUUCGGUCAGUGUUUGGCGAUUUCUGGAUUCUGAACUUUCUUUUUCCAAUGCAGCUGAUAUUUCCACAAACAGACGACGGUCGAACAUGGGAAGGCAUCAAACUUGAUCAAAAUGCAAAUUUGCAGGAGAAAAUCAACUAA